GGCAGCCUUAGAGCGGCGAUGACAUUUUGUCUGUCUCCCUUAGGUUACCUUGGUUACACCAGUGGUCUCUCUCUGCUCUGCAUGGUGUUUUUUCUGAUUGUGGUGAUCAUAAAGAAGUUCCAGAUCCCAUGCCCUCUACCUCUUCCUGACACGGGAAAUGAAACCAUGAAUAUGUUCAACAUCACCCCCCACAGCGACAACGCCACUAUAGAUGAUGACACUUGCAAGCCUAAAUACUUUGUCUUUAACUCACAGACUGCCUAUGCUAUACCCAUCCUCACUUUUGCCUUCAUGUGCCAUCCUACUAUCCUACCCAUGUAUGAUGAGCUCAAAGACCGCUCACGCCGAAAGAUGCAGAAUGUGGCCAACGUUUCCUUCCUGGCCAUGUUCAUCAUGUACCUGCUGGCCGCCCUCUUUGGAUACCUCACCUUCAACAUCCAUGUGGGACCUGAGCUGCUCCACACCUACUCAAACUACUACAAGUACGAUAUUCUCCUGCUGGUUGUUCGCCUGGCUGUGCUGGCCGCUGUCACACUUACAGUUCCUGUGGUGCUCUUCCCUAUUCGUACCUCAGUCGGCCACCUGCUGUUCCCAAGAAAAGACUUCAGCUGGAUCCGUCACGCUAUCAUCACCCUGACCCUGUUAACAGGAACCAACAUUCUGGUCAUCUUUGUCCCGAGCAUCAGAGAUAUUUUUGGCUUUAUUGGUGCCUCUGCUGCUGCAAUGCUGAUCUUCAUCCUGCCCUCAGCUUUCUAUAUCAAACUGGUUAAGAAGGAGUCAAUGAAAUCCAUGAAGAAGAUUGGAGCUACGAUGUUCCUGAUAUUAGGAUUUGUUGUCAUGAUUGGCUGCAUGUCUCUUAUCAUCUACGACUGGAUCGUGAACUCUAUGAAAGACAAAGGUCACUGAAGCUCCAGCUCUUCUGCUACUAGAGAGGAACUGAAUUUAUUUUCUUUUUUUAACUUUUAUUUUAAAGUUGUUUUUUUACUGUAUCAAAUAUUUGUCUUUUUUUAGGUAAGUCAAACCUAUUUAAUAUUCCUCAUAAUGUCCUGUUACUUUCCACGGAGGUGCUAAGCUGACAAGACA